AUGUCCAAGGUGUUAGAGCAGUUGAUUGCGCGCGGACGUCGCGAGCGCAAACCGACCGAGCAGCGGGAUGUGGCUUUCAGCCUGGCUGAAAUAUCGACCAAUGCUGAACUCCACGAAAAGAUGGUAUCCAAAGGCGUGGUGAAGGCCUUGUUGACGCUGAUUAUCCAGUCUAGUGACCCUGAAGCACAGCGUCUCGCCUGCCUGUGCAUGGCGAACGUGGCAUCGUGUCCGGCAAGUCGCGUUCGAAUCGUAGAGGAUGGUGUGCUGCCACCACUUGUCAAGUUCUUCAAGGACGAAGACAGCGAGAAUGAUGCAGUCGCCAAGCAGUACGUUGCCAUGACUAUCGGUAACCUGGCGGCCGAGCCCGAGAAUCAUGAAGAAAUCGUACAACUAGGCACAAUUGAGCCGUUGGUCAAGCUGCUGGACCCGGAGAUUGUCCAUUCCGGUGUCUACUGCGCGUUUGCACUCGCGAAUUUGUCAGUAAACAACGAGUAUCGUCCCCAGAUCGUCGAAGAAGGCGCUAUACCACGCCUCAUUGCGUUGGCAUGCUGCAAGGAAUUGAGUGCGCAGCGGCAAUCCCUUGCGUGUCUUCGCGGCAUCUGUAUCUCUCCAGGGAAUCGAGUUGUUGUGGUAAAGGAAGGCAUGCUGGAUCCACUAGUGCUCAUGGCACGCUCAGAUGAGCCUGACCUCCAGCGUGAAGUCGCAGCGGCCUUUUGUGCUCUCUCAGCUACCCCAGAAAACAAAGUGGAGAUCUCGGAUCGAGCGCUGCUGACGAUUAUUUCGCUGUCGCUCUCGGGUGAUCCUGCUGUUGAGGAGUAUGCAUGCAGUACGAUCGCCAACUUGACGGAGCUGCAUGAACUGCACGAUAAACUACUGCGCGAGAACGGACUGGCGUCUAUUAUGGCGUUGGCAGUGGCCAGGGAUCUCAACACACGCUCAGAGGCUUGUCGAUGUCUCGCCAACCUCACAGCAAACGAAGAAGUACAGCCUGCGCUGAUGAAGGAAGGAGUGCUACAGCCUCUUGCUGCAGCGCUGGUGUUAGACCACCACGUCUGUCAACGUUACGCCGCGUUAGCGUUGGCGAACCUGAGCACGACGGCGAGCUACCAGGUCCAGAUCGUCGGAUUGGGGACGAUUACACCGCUCAUCGCACUCGCCCAAGCUUUCGACCGCGAGCUUGAAGCGCGACGAUACGCCGUGCUCGCUAUAGCGAAUUUGGCUGCGAUGAAAGCCAACCACCCAGCGCUGGUAGAGGCUGGAUGUCUGCUGUCCCUGUUCUCAUUGGCAAGUACGGCUGACGCACUGAGCCAGUACUAUGUGGCGUUUGCGCUGGCGAACUUCGCGUCGAACGAACAAAAUCACACGCGUAUGGUGGAGGAAGGAGGGCUGCAGCCGAUAAUCACCCUGGCGUCGUCUGAAGACACUGAUGUGCAUCACCAAGCUGUUGCUGCUUUACGCGGACUGGGAGUAAGUGAGGCGAACAAGGUCAAAAUUCUCCAGGAAGGCGGACUGGAGCCUCUCGUGUUACUGCUACAGUCUGACGAUCUGGAAAUCUUACGAGAGACAUGCGCUGCGCUCUGCAAUUUGUCAGUGAGUGAAGAAACCAAGUACGAGAUCGCUAAGAGCGGCGCCGUGGCUCCGUUAAUCGCGCAUUCGCAGUCCGAAGACAUGGAGCUAGCUCGACAGAGUUGCGCUACGUUGGCCAACCUUGCAGAGGUGGAAGAAAAUCAGGAGAAGAUCUGCGCCGACGGAGGAGUGCCUCCUCUCAUUGCCAUGAUGCGCUCUCAGUUUGUCGAGGUACAACGUGAAGCUGGUCGCGCUCUGGGGAACCUCUCGGCUUUCCGACUGAACCACGAAGACAUCAUCGAGCACGGCGGACAUCAGCUACUGAUCUCGUAUUUGCUAUCGCCCGACAUGGCUUCACAACGUGUUGGCGCACUAGGAAUCUGCAACUUGGCUACGAACCCAGCGAUCCGUGAACUGCUAAUGGAAAGUGGAGCCAUGGAGCCGCUAAUGUCCCUUGCACGGUCAGAGGAUGUGGAGUUGGAGAUCCAGCGGUUCGCUAUCCUGGCCAUUGCCAACUUGGCGACUUGUGUCGAGAACCACCGCGCCAUCGUCGAAGAAGGCUCGCUACCGCUGCUUAUCUCGUUGUCAAGUGCUCCAGACGAAGAAGUUCGCCAGUAUGCAGCCUUCGCGCUCGUCAAGGUCGCGCUGAACGCUGAUCUGCGCAAGCAAAUUACCGAGGAAGGUGGUCUGGAGCCGGUGCUUUUCCUCGCGCGAACGCAGAGCUCCGACCUGCAAGCGGACGUCCUGCCUGCUAUCUGCACGCUGUCGUUCGCAGACGCCAACAAGUCCGACAUUUGCAAGUGUGGCGGUUUGCCGCCGAUUCUUGGAGCGCUCAAGCAUACAGACGUGGGCGUUCAACGACAAGCGCUUUGUACAGUGGCCAACCUAGCCGAAGACGUGGAGAACCAGAGUCACCUCGUGUCGAACGGAGCCAUUCCUCCUAUCGUGGAGGCUCUGCAACACGGAGGGAUCAUUGCACAACGUGAAGCCGCUCGAGCGCUGGGGAACUUAUCGGCUAACUGUGACUUCGCUGAAGUGAUCUUGCGUCAAGGUGCCGCACCCCCAUUGAUACAGCUACUGGGAAGCGAAGUGGUGGACUGUCAGCGCAUGGCAGCGAUGGCUCUGUGCAACCUUGGAACAAACGUGAACAACCAGCCCAAGUUGUUAGCGCAAGGUGUACUUCCUCCCAUCCUGGCGCGUAUUGAGGAAGCUUUGGACCCGCGUUCGUUGGCAGAUAACGAUGUUAUCCGGUACUGUCUCCUGGUGCUCGCCAACUUAGCCGUCUCGCCGUCAACCCACGAGGAAUUGCUGGACAAGGCGUUGACGUUUCUCGCUGGUUACGCGAAACACCGUGACGUCAAGUGCCGCCAGUUCGCCAUCUUCGCGGUCGGCAAUCUGUGCAGUAACCCGAACAAUAUCGAGCGGAUCGUAGCGGUCAACUGUUUGCAACCUAUCAUCUCUUUUGCGUUCCCGGGAGAUGCCAACGUGCAGUUCCAAGCGAUUGCUGGACUUCGAGGACUUUCAGUGAACCAGGUUGUUCGUCAACAAGUGGUACGUCUUGGCGCACUGGAGCCACUGAUCCUAGCAGCCUCAAGCGAGAGCAUCGAAGUGCAGCGUGAGGUUGCUGCAACGCUCUCAAAUUUAUCGCUGAGUGAAGAGAACAAGAUCACGAUGGCUCGCGGUGGAUGUCUGCCUGCGCUCAUCGCUCUGGCGAGCAGUCGAGACUCGUAUCGUGAGCGACAGGCUGUGUGUGCUCUAGCAAACUUGGCUGAGAUGAUCGAAGGACACACGCACAAGAAGAUGCUGGAAGAAGGCGUGCUAACGCCUCUGUACGCCUUAGCAACGGGUGCUGAGCUGGAAGUCAAGCGCCAGGUUUCUCGCUGUCUUGCCUUGUUUGCAGCCAAGCCGUCAAGUCAAGCUACUCUACUGCGUAGCAAUGCACUGCGCUACAUCUCAGCGUUUACACAGGAGACCGAAGACGCGAUGUGUAGACGAUUCGGCACGUUGGCCAUUGGAAAUCUCGCAGUGGAUCACAAGAAUCACCGCGACUUGUUUGAUCAAGGUGCUGUGACUGCACUCAUGACGGUGGACAAGGCUACAGACCUCGAGACUCGUCGUGCGCUUGCCUUUGCGCUGAACAAUUUAGCAGCCAACGAAACGAACAGUGCUCAGAUCUCCAAGUUGGGUGUGCUACGUACUGUUAUUGCACUGCUACAUGAUGCUGACGAGGACACACAUCUCCAAGCAUGUUUUGCUCUGCGAAGAAUGGUUGUUGAAGCCAAGAAUCGCGCUCAGGCCGUAUCGUUUGGUGCUCUUCCUCCGCUGUUCAAGCUCGCGUUGUCGGAAUGUGUCGAGGUACAGCGCGAGGUUUGUGCUGCGUUGCGGAAUUUAUCCCUGAGCGAAGAUAACAAGGUCGUCAUCGUACUCAAAGGUGGUCUAGCACCUCUGCUGACGUUGGUACACUCAGCGGAUGGAGAAGUUGCGCAUCAGGCGUGUGGAGUACUUGCCAAUCUGGCUGAGGUAGUGGAGAAUCAAGGCCGAAUGGUGAAAAAUGGAGUUCUACAGCACAUUAAGUUUGUGCUGCGUGCGAAGAGCGUGGACGUACAGCGAGAAGCGCUUCGAACGAUCGCCAACAUGUCAGCGGAAUAUGCGUACACAGCUGAGAUCGUGUCGGCUGGAGGUCUGGCACCGCUUAUGGCUGCAUUGAACGCGCCAGACUUCCUUAGCCAGCGCUAUGCAGCAAUGGGCAUUGCGAAUCUCUCCACGAACGUCGAAAACAUCACCAAGAUUGUGCAAGAUGCACUCGUGCCAACGCUUGUGGCGCUCGCUAAUGGCUCGCUGAACGGCGAUCUGGACACGCAGAGAUAUGCCGUCUUCACGCUCACCAACAUCGCCAGCGUACGUGCUACGCAGUCCGUCCUUGUUGACGCUGGAGUGCUCCCUCUCUUCGCAGAUUUACUACAGCACGCCGACAUGGCGUUGAGGAACGGCGCGGCGUUCGGAGCUGCCAAUUUCACAGCGUUCUCGGAGAACCAUACAGUGCUUUUAGAGCUUGGAGAUGCCUUCCUGGAAGCUUUACUGCGUCUGUUAGAGUCGCAGGACUCCAAGUGCCAGUACCGUGCUGUGUGUGCAUUGCGUGGACUGUGCGUGAGCGAGCUAGCACGACGUGAACUCGUACGUCGUGGUGUCUUGCGCCCACUAUUGGCACUAACCAAGUCUGAGGAUAUGGACGUGCAACAAGAAGUGCUGGCGUGUCUGUGCAAUUUGUCUCUCAGUGGGUGCGUCGGUGCGUAUCCCGACGUGUUUAUCGCGGCGUGCGAGAUGCAGUCACUGGUGGCGUUCCUGUGCUCCGCUGACGCUACGUAUCGACUCUUUGGAGCCGUGACAUUGGGUAACAUUGCUGCGAAAGCCGAGUAUCAAGAUGAAUUGGUUGCAGCGGGCGCUGUAUCCCCCCUCAUCGAGGUAUCUAACAGUGUGGACCUGGAAACCCAUCGCUGCAUUGCCUUUGCGUUGUGUAACCUCGCGGCCAAUCCGGAUCGCAGACAAAUGGUCGAAGCUAUGGGCGGUCUACCCCCUAUCAUCCAGCUCGCUUGUUCAGACGACGUGAACGACCAGAAGACGGCGAUUGCUGCUCUUCGUGGCCUGUCCAAUCGACCGGAGACGCGUCUACACAUUGUUUCGGAAGGUGGACUGGAGCCCUUGGUGCUUGGAGCGCGUUCACCCGACGUACAGCUACACCGUGAGGUUACGAUGGCAGCGUACAACUUGUCACUCGCUGAGAAGAACAAGCUGGCUAUUGCGUCUUCCCCAUUGAUGGGUGCGCUGAUCACGCUGAUGCUGUCAAGCGACGAAGAUACAGCAGCGUUUGCGAGCGCUAGCGUCGCUAAUAUUGCAGAAAACUCCGAUACCCAUUCAGCUAUUGCGGACCAGCGCGGCCUGCGGUUCUUCUUGGAAUUUGAGACGCAAGGAUCUCCUGCUCGAGUAGCGCGUGAAGCAGUCAAAUGUGUUACAAACCUCUCUUCGAACUAUGCGCUCCACGACUUGCUGCUCGCCGACGGCUGUCACGAGUUCCUUGUACGCGCUAUCCAGCACACAGAUUCCAAGACUCGGCUUUUUGGCGUUGUGGGCCUCGGAAACCUCGUGUCUAACCCGCAAAACCAUUCAAGAGUACUGCGUGAGAAGGUUGUCAUGCCUUUGAUCGAGCUAGCCGUCGACACCGACCACCCGGAGCCUCGUCAGUUCGCUUUGCUUGCGCUAGGCUGCAUCUUCACUAACGAGGCGAACCAUGAACCAUUCGUGGAUAACGGAGUUUUACCAGCACUUAUCGCAGCGUUAGACGCAGUAAGCGACAUGGAAACGCGCUUCUACGCUGCCUUCGCGCUCGGCAAGAUAGCCACUAACGAGUCACUCCACGAACUCAUCGGCCAGCUCAGUAACAGCGGCGGUCCUCUUAUUAGACUGGCACUUGAUGCCGAGGAAGCCAAGCACCCCAGUGCUCAAUGCCACGCUGUGUCAGUGCUGCGUCAUAUCACGAACUUGGAUGUGAAUCGAGUGUCUAUGGUUUCACAGCAUCGUGAGGAUCUAGCAGCAGCACUCUUGGCUUGUGCUCGACACUCGGAGUUGUUGGAGAACCAGCGUGAAGCCGCAGCGUGUCUGUGCAAUCUGAGCCUGGCGCAAAGUAACAAGCUCACGUUCGCGAGCUCACCGGCACUGCUCCAGCAGUUAUUCGCUUUGUGUUCAUCCCCUGAUAUCGAAGUCGCACGAAAUGCUUGUGGAGCUGCUGCCAAUCUUGCAGAAAAUGUACGCACACAUGAGUUCAUGAUCGAUGUCCACGCGGUGCAUGUAGGAGUCAAGGCAAUGCGAAGCAGACACUUGCCAGUGUACCGUGAAGCCUCUAGACUAGUGGCAAACCUCAUGAGUACGUCAGAAUUCCAUGCUGUACUACUCAACGAAGAAGGGCUUGCUGCUGAGGCUCGAGUCGCCAAGAUAGAGGACCAAGAGUGUCAAUACAACACGGCACUAGCGCUGCACAAGCUUACGAGCAAUCUCGAUACGCAUCGAGCAUUGCUUGGUAGUGGCUCGGUACAGACGCUACAUUUGCUACUUGGAGCUCCUGGACUGGACGUGCAGCGUCAAGCAGCGGCGGCCCUCAAGACUCUGACGGCGAAUAAAGACAACAAGCCCACACUUGCUGAAGACGGAGGCACGAUGUUAGCGCUUAUCUCGCUGUUACGCAGUGCCGACACAACGCUCAAGACCAUGGGAGCUGCAGCCGUGCGGCAUCUGUCACUCUACGCUCCAGGCAAGACGCAGUUUGUGCAUGAAGGAGGCCUCCCUCCGCUCUUCAGUUGUUGUGCUGUAGAGGACGACGACGUGAGACUUCAAUGCGCUGGAGCGAUGGCUACACUGAGUGAGAACGUGCUGAACCAAGUGCAAAUGGUGCGUGAAGGUGCGCUACCAGCUCUUCUGGAGCUCACGAAAGCCAGUUAUCACGCAGAGAUCUCGCGGCACAUCAGUCGCACUUUUGCCAACGUAUCCAGUAAUCCCGAGAACCACCUCGGCGUGUUUUCGCUCCAGGAAUUCCGUGCUAUAUUCACACUGGCGCAAAGUAAAGAAGAGUUCUGUGGACGUGACGCUGCGAUGUGUCUGGGCAACUUGGCCGUCACUUCGCACAACCAGUUCCAGAUCUCCGAGCUGGGCGGUCUCGUCCCGCUGUCUGAUCUUUUAAAGAGCGAGUACGCGUCUACGCGGCUGUACGCGGCUCGUGCUUUCUAUCGACUCAGCGCCCAUGCAGAGAACCAGCAUCGCAUCGUGGACGCCGGUGCUCUUCCUGCCCUUGUGGCUCGGCUCAGUGAGACCGGAGACCAAGAAAUCCAGCGCUGUGCAGGUAUGGCUAUCUGUAACUUGUCAAGUAACUCUAGCAACGAGCAGAAGAUCAUGAAGGCCGGUGCUAUGCGAGCGCUUGUAGCUCUACUGCGGUCUCCGAGCGUCGAGUGUUCCAAGUACGCAGCCAUGGCGCUGUGUAACCUGACAGCUAAUCCUGCCAACCAACUGCAUCUCGUGGUACAGGACGAUGGCCUCGAUCCACUCGUAGACCUUGCCGGAUCCGGCGACCCAGAGUGUUCUCGCUAUGCCAGUAUGACGCUAGCCAAUGUGUCGGCACACCGUCAGAAUCGCCUCAUAGUCGUGGAGCGACAUGCUCUUCGACCUCUCCGAGCGUUGUGCUUGUCUCCAAAUCUCGAGUGUCAACGUAGCGCGGCCUUGGCGCUGUACAACGUGUCGUGUGCUCAAGCGAAUCAACUCAAACUUGUCGAGGCAGGCAUUGAGUCUGCCCUUGUUCGGCUGGCUGGAGCGAAGGACGGGGACUGCAAACGAUACGCCACAAUGACGCUGUGUAACCUGGCAGCGAAUAGUGAAACGCGGUCAGCUGCAGCGCGUGGUGGAGGAUUGCAAGCUCUGUUGCUAGCAGCGAAGGACGCGGCCGACCCGAGUGUGCGCCGAUACGCCUGCAUUGCGUUGUGUAACUUGGCGUGCGACCCGCUUCUUCAGGUCCAGGUGCUCGUUCAUGGUGGCCUCGCUCCGAUUCUUGCGCUCACGGAAGACGAAGACGACUUGGAGAGUCAGCGGUUUGCGAUCAUGGCCUUGUCGAACUUGGCGGCGAACGAGAACAACCACGACCACAUGAUCAACCGUGGUGUGUUGAAAGUGGCGUUGCGGCUGGGUCAGUCCAAGGACGAAGAUAUCCGGCUGUACGCUGCCUUUGCGUUGGCAAACUUUGCAGGUAACACAGCACAAUGCGCCGCGAUUGGAGACGAAGGCGGAAUCGCAGCUCUCAUUAUGUUGGCGCAUGCAGAGGACUCGAAUUCACACACACUGGCGGUGUCGGCGCUUCGUCGUCUGUGCCAGUUCUCGGCUAAAAAUCGCGGGCGAAUUGUACGUGGUGGAGGCUUACCUCCAUUGGCUAUUGCUGGUAUGUCGGAAGAACUCGAGACGCAGCGUGAAGUAGCCGCUACGUACUGUAAUUUAUCCCUCAGUGACGAAUACAAGGUCGAGAUCGUCGAGCAAGGAGCGCUCCGUCCGCUUAUCAAGCUGGCCCAGUCCUCCGAUCUUGAAGUCGCGAGACAAGCGUGUGGUGCACUCGCUAAUCUGGCUGAGCACCUCGAUACGCACUCGCAUUUCGUCGCAGAACGCAGUGGAGACUUCCUGAUCGCUCUCAUGAAGCACCGAAACGAGGAAAUCCACCGAGAAGCGUCACGUACGAUCGCCAAUCUGCUGUCCAGCUUCGAGCACCACACUGAUAUGAUCGCUGACGGUCUUCCUGGUCUUGUUCAUCUCGGCUUAUCACUGGAUCCAGAGUGUCAGUACAAUGCCGCUCUAGCACUUCGAAAACUCGCUCCAAACUUCGCGAGCCACCGCGGCUUAGUGCACGAAGGAGGGCUGAAGACUCUCUUCUUCCUUCUUCACGCUAAAGAGCUCAAUACGCGGCGCCAGAGUGUUCUAGCGUUGCGAGACCUAGCAGCUAACAGCGAGUUCCGACGCAAGUACGUGGAAGAAGGUGGACUAAACUCUCUUAUCACGUUUCUACGGGAUGUGGACGCUACGCUACAAGCCCCUGCAGUGGCAGCUUUGCGUCACUUGACGUCGUCCGCUUCUCAUCCAGAAAUCAAGCAGCAAGUCGUCGACGAAGGUGCUUUACGUCCAGUGCUACGCUGUCUGAACACGAAUCCUGGAGCAAAGGGGCUUCGAGAUCUGCAGUGUCAGUGUGCUGGCCUGAUCGCGAAUUUGUCGGAGAACCCAACAAACCAGCAGAAGAUUGUGGCGGAAGGUUUGACCAGUGCGCUCGUUGCGCUGGCCAAAGUGGCUCAAGACAGUGCGGAGAUUCUACAAGAUGUGAGUCGCGCACUGGCGAAUCUCUGCUCCAACGAGGAGAACCACCAGGCUGUGUACAAGCAAGGAGCUCUUUUGAGUCUCAUCCAGCUCACGGAGUCUGCAGAUGACAUCACGCAACGGUACGCAGCAAUGGGUCUGCGCUUCCUCUCGGCCAACCCGACAAUCCGCGUUCAUAUCGUGCAAGAAUCAUUGUUACAGCCAUUCAUAAAGCUGGCGCAGAGUCCACUUCUCGACUACCAACGCACAGCAGCCGCAGCCUUUUCCAGUUUCUCGCUUAACGAAGAAAACAAGCUGAAGCUUGUCCGUGACGGCGGCUUAGCGCAGAUCCUCCGGUGCUGCGCCUACGACGACCUGGAAGUGAAGCGAGAUUGCGUGUUUGCUCUGGCGAAUGUGGCAGAUUCGCUGGAACAUCAACUGGAUGUUGUACGUGAAGGUGCGAUCUCAGCCAUGAUCAACGUAGGUGCUCAUGAUGACGCUCGAGUGCAACGUGACUGUGCGCGGGUGUUCGCUUCCUUGUCCAUCACGAACUCCAUCAAGUCUGAGCUGGUGCGACAAGGUGCUCUGCCGUCACUAUUCCGUCUUACUCGAUCCCUGGAUGUGGCUACUCAACGGUUCGCCACGCUAGCGAUCUGCAACGUUACUUCAUCAGGGGACGACAAGGCUUUCAUCGUGGAACAAGGCGCUGUUCGUCCACUUACACACCUCAUCCGGUUUCCAGAUGCACAGAUCCAGCGGUACGCAUCGUUGGCUUUAGCAGCUCUGGCGCUCGGUGGAAUGGGCAACAACAAGCUCCGGUUGAUCGAGGAAGGCGCUGUACCUCCUUUGAUUGAUUUACUGCGUUAUCCCAGUGCAGACGUGCAGCUCUGUGGCUGUUUGGCGUUGAACGCGUUGGCGUUGGGUAAACAGAGCUUGACGAAGAUGUCGGUGAUGCAGAGCGGCGGACUGCUGCCUUUGCUGGCUCUACUAGCGUCUACAGAUGAAGAGUGUGUUCGCUGCGCUCUCUACUGUCUUGGCUCGUUGGCCGAAAGCAAAGAUGUGCUGCAGAAGCUGGUAGAGCUGGGCACUCUGGCACACGUAAUCGCGUUGACCAAGUGUGUGGACACAGAGACGUUGAGGAACUGCGGAUACAUCCUCGCUCUGGUGGUGGAGCAGCAGACAGAUUACCAUGACGACGUGUACCGUGAAGGAGGACUGGACGCUGCCAUCGCCUUGGCUUGUGUGGAGGACAUGGAGUGUCAGGAGUACGCGACCUUCACAUUGGCCCAUUUGGCGUCAAACCGGGAGUACCAGGUUCGUCUUGUCGAGCGUGGAGCCUUGCGCCCUCUUAUCGCCAUGAUGUCGGUACAUGCCGAGCCACGUCACUAUGCUGGAUUGGCGCUACUCAAACUAGCGGACAACUACGAAAAUCACCUGCGUAUCGCCGAGGAAGGAGGCAUCCAGGCUCUACUACGUAUCGCCCGAGCUCGAUCCACUGACGAGGAGUUGCAGUACAAGGCUUCACUGAGUCUGGGUCAGUUGGCCAGCAACGCAACUCGCUCUCUACCCAACCACACUACUUUGAAAACCGGUGACGCUGUCAUCGGCACGAGUGUCAACAAAAUGGCUCAAAUCACACAAACGGUGGCUGCCAAGAAAGCUGCAAAGGACAAGACGACGCAGUAUCUCGACGAUAAAAUCGCUCGUGAGGCAGUCAAGUAA